CAGCGCGAAUGCUUUCGUUCUCGUUCGUCUGUUACUUUUGUAAAUAUAUACCGCUCGCACACUUUCAUUUAGGGUUUUUAUUCAUUCAUUUAUUUGGUUUCUGAUUUGAUUAUCUGUGUACUAGAGUAGAGGAUGGCAGAGCCUGCACAGAGCGCCAGCGCGCCGACAAAGGAUGCGCUGGUGACGCCGCCGUCGACACCUGGCGCGGUGCCGAAAAAGUACCCCAAGGGUGUCGUGUUGGGGAAAGAUGGGAAGCCUUGCCGUUCCUGUACCUCCUUCGCCGCCUGGUCCGCAAUGGCCGCCACCGAAACCUCCAAUUCCCCAGCUACGAAGGGCAAAAGCACAAAAAUCCCCGCUGCCCUACCUGACGAUUGCCCUCCCGAUGUCGAAGCCCUCGGGCGCGCCUCCUGGACGCUCCUGCACAGCAUCACCGCAGCGUAUCCGGAGAAGCCGACACUCGCUGAGCAAUCCAGCGCCAUGUCCUUCGUGAAGUCGUUCGGGAAGCUAUACCCGUGUACCUGGUGCGGUGAGGACUUUCAGAAAUAUAUGGAGCGCGAGAAGGUGCGGGUGGGGAGCAGGGAUGAGUUUGGGAGGUGGAUGUGCGAGGCGCAUAAUGAUGUGAAUGUCAAGCUGGGGAAGAAGACUUUCGAUUGCGAUAAGUGGGAGGAGAGGUGGAGGACGGGGUGGAAGAAUGGGAGGUGUGGAUAAAUGGGAAGCCAGGAACAGGGUGCUGGUGGUGUAUGAUAUAUGGCUGUGUAUGCAUUUACAAUGGCGUUCAGGGAACCAGUGUAUCUGGUAUGGGAUGGAGUUUUUGUUCCUUGUUUACAUAGAUGGCGCCCCCGCGGGGAAUCCCUACUCACCUGCCUGGAUAUGGCUUUAUAGUAACAAUCCGAGAAAUAUUCCCCUUUCAAUGCAGCAGCACAGAAUCACAGGUGGGCAAUUAUUGACGGUGACACGGUUGUGUGGGCUGUAUGUAGUAGGUG